AUGAUUUUAGUAAUGUCCGAUGUUCCAAGUCGUCCAAUGUCUGCCAAAGAGCAAAAGGUUCAGCGAUUCCGGAAUAUUGCCAAAACAUUUUCGCCGUUUGUUUGGGAGUAAGUGGGAUGUUCCUUUAAAUUUGGGUCUUGAGAGGAAUUUAAGAGAAAAGGGGAUAAUUUUGAAUAUAAAUACGGCUAUGUUCCUUUAAAAUGGUCUUGAGAGGAGUCCAAGAGUAAAGGGGGUUAUUUUGAAUAUAAAUAAGGCUAUGUUCCUUUAAAGUGGUCUUGAGAGGAAUUCAGAAAGAGAAAUCGGUUAUUUAGAGUCUAGAUAGGCUAGUGUUCCUUUAAAGUUGGGUCUUGAGAGGAAUUCAGAAAGAGAACUUGGUUUUUUUGAACAUAAAUACGGCUAUGUUCCUUUAAAGUGGUCUUGAGAGGAAUCCAAUAGGAAAAAGGGUUAUUUUGAAUAUAAAUAAGACUAUGUUCCUUUAAAUUUGGGUCUUGAGAUGAAUUCAGAGAGAGAAAUCGGUUAUUUAGAGUCUAGAUAAGAUGGUGUUCCUUUAAAUUUGGGUCUUGAAAGGAAUUCAGAGGGAAAAUGGGUUAUUUUGAAUAUAAAUAAGGCUAUGCUCCUUUAAAUUUAGGUCUUGAGAGGAAAUUAAGAGAAAAUUGGUUAUUUUGAAUAUAAAUAAGACGUUCCAGGGAUCCUCCCAACACCAAAAACAUCCAAUCUGACACACCAGCCCCAUCAAUCUUCAACUUCUGGACUCCUCAACCCCAAUCUCAACAAUUCCAAUUCGCUCCCGCCACCACAAUCGCACCAUUCACCUUUGCCCCCUUCACCCUCCCAACUUCCCAACCACCCGGUCCCACUCUGGCACCAUUUCAACCAACAACAGCCAGUCCGAAGUUACUCGCUCACAACACGGCGAGAAUGAUUCGAGAGAUUGCCUCGUUUUCCGACGGCGGCAAAUCGAGAGAUCAAGACUUCGGCGCGGUUCAGACGUUGAUGCAAGCGUUUUUCGAAUCGAUGGCGAGUCCGAUGAAUGGUGGGACUGGGGGAGGAGGAGUUGCGAACGAUGCUCCGGUAUUACGCGCACAUCCUGAUGGUACGGAAAUGGGCGCGAAUCGAGAAUUUACUAACAAGUUAUUUGAGAGUGAUAUGGUUUUGACGGUUCCACAGAUGAAAGCGUGAGUUUUUUUGCGAUUUUCGAAAUAGUUAUGACGUGGCAAAACAUGCUCACGUUUUAAAAAAUGGGCAAAUUUCUCAGGUUAGGUUAGAAAAUAGUUAGAAAAAAAAUUUAAAAAAAAUGUUUUUCAAAAAACAAAAUAAAAAUAAAACUACAACACUCCGCAUGCCCGUUGUUUCUCAGAAAAUGUCCUGACAGCCGUCCGCGAGGUUGCGAGCCGUCGAAAGCUAGCAGAGGCUGUCCGCCAGCUCGCAUUCUCAAAAAAGGGGAGGAGCGAGCGCACCUUCCUCGCCGCCAGCUAGCGGACAGAAAAAUUGCGACUGGAGCAGAUUUGCUCGUCUAUUUCCUUUUACAUUUUUUUCCGAAAUUUUUGGCCUAAAAUCUUUUUAUGCUUUUUUUCAUCGAAAAUGUUCACAGAAAACACGCAAUCGACGAUGCAAAGUGUUGGGAUGGAGAAGGUGCACAUCGCCAGGCACCUUCAUGA